AUGGAAGAGAUCUUCGUGGGUGCCAACAUCCGAUUUCUGGCAGCCCUGGGCAUUCCGGCGGUGGACGUCGGGAGGGCCGAGGCCGCGUUGGCGGAGGCUCUUGCGGACAUCACCGGUGGUGUUUUGCAGAUCUGGAAGCUUGAGCCAGCGACUUUGGGUUUUGCGGAAGCACCAGGCGAUGAGAGUCUCUGCGCGACCUCGACGGUUGCGAUGCCCAGCACGCUGACAGAGGCCCUUGCACAGGAGAAGCAGAUGCCGCGGCCGGCGCAGGGGCCCUGCGCUUUGGUCUUGCUGACGACCGGCGAGACUUGCCGCGGCGUCAUCAUCAAUGCAAACCACGCCCUCUGCGACGGGCGCGCGAUGUUCCGCUAUCUGCAGGCGUUCCUGGUCAGGCUCUCCGCAGAUGAUCUCCAGGUCACGCCGAGAACGCCAGAUCUCCCUGCCGACUGGGGUCACUGCAUUUCGGACGACGCAGCCUCUCCGGAUUUCUUGCCCCUGCCAGGGAGCCCUCUACAGAUCAAGGACCUUCGUCGAGAAGGCAGUGGUGAGCCAGUUUUCCGCCGCAUCCUGGCGGCAUCCACUUUCGCCAAGGUGCUUGCCGUGGGGAAGGAAAGCUCGGCUUCCGCUACGGGGCUGCUGGUGGCGAUGCUGCAAGACGCCAUCGGCUCGAUGUACCUGGAGCAAGCCCCUGCGGACGACUCUUGCGUGGUGGCCGUCGAGGUUCUCGUAGAUUUGCGGCCCAUGCUGGAGAAGGAGGUGACCGUGGUCCAGGCCAUUGCCACGGUGACGACCGCCGCGGAGGUGCGGAGAGGCGCUGGUAGGCAAGACCUGCUCUCACUUGCCCAGGCCGCCAGCGAGGACAUCCGGAGACGCGUAGCGCGCGGCGAAGCCCACCGGCAGGCGCGGCUGGCGACGUCCGGGAAGUUUGACCAAUGCCCCCCUCCUGGCACGGUGGAGCUCAGCAACCUCGGGAAGUUUCCGGUGACGGGCCACGAGCUGCUGCUGGAUCAGCGCUUCGACGGCUACGAGGGUCUGAGCAUUUUGGCCCACACGGAGGGCGGUGGGGGGCCGUUGUGCAGCCACGUCAUUGGCACGGCUCGCAUCUUCAGCACCAGUUGCACCUGGCACGGGCAGCCAGGGCUGCAGGUGACCCUCAAGGAGACGCUGAUCUUCUCAGGCAAUUUGGUCUUGACGGGUGAGAACCGGCUGGAAGGACCCUGUAUCAGUGUGAGCGGGAACAUGACGGUGAUUGCCGCGAAUGCCAGCUUCGUUGGCUGCAGCAAUAGAAUGCACGGCCCGGGUGGAAGAGGAGGAGCUCUGUUCAUCCAGCGAGACUUCAUCGUCAGCAACAGCCGCGUCAAGUUCGAGAACUGCAGAGCAUCAGAAGGCGGCGGCCUCUACGCUGGCGGCAGCUUCCUGCAAGAAGCAGAAAGCGCGGUGACCUUCGAGAACUGCACCUCUGGUUCCGGCGACGGCGGAGGUGCGAGCGUGGGCGAAAACUUCACGCAGGGAGCCAAAAGCUCCGCCGUCUUCCGCAGCUGCAGUGCGAAUGAAGGAGGCGGCCUCUACACUGGCGGCAGCUUUUUUGCAAGAUGCCGAAAGCAAGAUGCUGUGGACAAUGAGGCCGAGAAAACAGUGAAGGCUUUAGCCUGA